GUGUGACUUAUCGCUUUACCCUUUAGAAUAAACGAGAUCAGCAACAUGGAGAAUUGGAAACGGAACUUGCUGUUUUUAGGGUAUGUGGUGGUGAGUAUUGCGGCAAUGGUGAUAAAGUUCUACACGUUGUACGAUACCUCACCCAACUCUUUUGUUUUGGGAGUACGUUUUGCAAAGGGGGAUGCAUUGCUGAUCUUGACAAACAUGAUGAUUAUGCUGGCGUUGGUUGGCGGCAAAUUACUUCAAUAUAUUGUGUUUGGAGAGCUCAGAUUGAUUGAGAUCGAGCAUCUAUAUGAAAGAAUCUGGCCCACAAUCAUCGGAUUAGUGGUAUCAGCCAGUGCAUACAAAGCCAAGGAGAAUUCGUUUUUCAGAAUGUCACUUUUCGUCGGGCUAUUGUUCAGCAAAGUGUUUCACUGCAUUGUGAUAGAUAGACUGGAUACAUUGAUCCAGCAGUAUUAUCAAGCGAACGGAAAUUCGGUUACCCGUUUGCUGUUCAACAGAGUUGUCUUCACGUCAUGGCUUUUCCUACGAUUGGACAUCCCCCUUUUGAGGGCAUCCAUCGAUGAAGCCUAUUUACAUAAGUCGCCAAUGUUGUUAGGUAUAGCGUUUGAGUUAUUCUUACUCAUCAUGGACUUAGCGUAUGCUGCCAUCAAGUUUGCACUAAAUGUUUUUGAGCUCUAUUAUAUCCGAAGAUUUCCCGAUGAAGAGGUUUGGUCCUACAAAGUGUGGAUUGAUUCUGUUGCAAAACUGCUACUAGGAGUGGUCAGAUGUAUCAUGGUUCCCGCACUAUUCAGGUAUUUCACUCUGAUGGAUUCAUUCCCAUUGAACUUAUUGAACGAGAUUUUCCGUUCCUUCUAUGGCCUAUCCAAAUCCGUAGGGUCUCUAUACAGGUUGAUCAAGAAUGCUAUGAAGUUAAACAAUUCUUUGGGAUACCCAACUGCAGAAGAAUUGCAGGAUGACGAAAUCUGCAUUAUUUGCAGAGACGAUAUGGUUUUUGGUGGUACGGGCACCGCCAGAAGCGUUCCAAGAAAAUUGCCAUGUGGCCAUAUUCUACACGAUGGGUGUAUUCGGAGUUGGUUGGAGAUGUCAAACGCAUGUCCGACUUGUCGGAAAGAUGUUAUUCGAAAUGAUUCAGCAAACACCGGUACGGCAAAUAAUGAGAACGGAAAUGAAAAUGAAAAUGAAAAUGAAAAUGAAAAUGAAAAUGGGAACAAUGUUGCAGCUGUAGUUGCUGCCCCGCCACAAAACCUGGUCGAAGGUUUGAACAAUAUGAUUAUUAAUGGUGAUGACAACAAUAUCAAUAACGAUGAUGAAGAUGGGAAUAGCAAUGAUACCGGAGAAAGUGGAGAUGCUGUUGAAGUCGAAAGACUGACCAAAAGCGCAAACAACGAGACGAACGAAAAUAAUACAGAUGACCAGAAUGUGAAUGAUAAUAGAACGGGAAAUUCUAAGGAAGAAAUUGCAAACAACGAGGAAACAGAAGAUGAGGGUAUCGACGAAGAAAAUGGUGAUGUUGAGAUUGCAUUUUUCGGAACAAAUAACAUGUCCAUUCCUAGACCAACACCCACCACACGAUCUACACAACUGCUUGGUAUUUAUCCAAGAUACAUGCCUUCGUUUGGAAGAAGUGACUAUUUUGAAGUAUGCUCCUCAGAAGAGAAAGAGCCUAGAUCUACCGCACAUUUGCACAGUGAGAGAAUGAACCAGAUUGGAAAUGUUGUUGAUAAGAUCGGUUCAUUGAACAUGGAUGAGCACCAGCGUGGAAGAUGGAAACGUGUACGUGAUAACUUUGAGUUGGCUCGUUCUGGUGGCAAUCAAGGUCCAGAGCUGAAUGCUGGCGACGGUAGUGGUGAAGGCGUUGAUGAGAGUAACACCGAGUUCGUGCAUGAGGUUCCUCCUCACACAGUAAUACCAAAAGACUGGACGAUUUUCCCUAUCCAGAAGACUAGGGAGGAAGAGUAUGAGGUGAAAUUGAGUAGGAAAAGAAGGGUGACCAUGAAGGUGGUCAGGAAUGGACGGAUCAUAGACCCAAAUACAUUUGACAAGUACACACGCAAAUAAUGAAACGACUUGUCACGCUAUAUAUUGAGAUAUAUAUACAUAGAUGUAUUCAAUUAAUAAAAAAACUCAGUAUACAA